UUUCAAUUAUCCCUUGAGCAAUAGUUAAACCACACGAUUUUCCCAUUGCAACAGCAACUGUGCAAGUAAAAUUAUUAUCACUAUAAAUUUACUGUUCAAUUGCAAUUAAAAUCAUGCUGAACUUUUACAAGGAACUGAAGAGCGAGUGGGCAAAGACCACGCCGAAUCUGAGCCGUUGUGCUCAGCUCCUGGACACACUAAAGUUGGAAAUGGUUCGCAUCGGACUCGGAGCGGUUAACUCCCAAGGAUCCUUACCCACUACGCAGACACAGGACUUGAGCAUGACCCGUGAGCUAUUAGAGAUUGCCAUCGAGUACAGCAUUAAGGUGAAGGAUAACGCUGCCUUUGAACGUUACAUGACACAACUGAAGAUGUUUUACUACGACUAUGACAAGUAUCUGACAUCCUCGCCUCAAAUGCACAAGUUUAUGGGUCUGCAUCUGCUCUAUUUGCUAGCCACAAAUCGCAUUGCCGAUUUCCACAUUGAACUGGAGCGUUUGCCGUCGGCUUUGUUGCUGCAGAACGCAUUCAUCUCGCCUGUUUUAGCGCUGGAGAACUACUUCAUGGAGGGACGCUACAAUAAGAUACUGCAAGCCAAGAAGUCCAUGCCUACCGAGCUGUACUCUAACUUUAUGGAUCUGAUGGUGACGACGGCUCGUGAGGAGAUUGCUUCCUGCAUGGAGAAGUCCUAUGACAAGAUCUCACAGAAACAGGCGGCAUUGCGACUCGGUCUUAAGGUUGGAGGACCUGAGCUCAACAGCUUGGCAGCAAGGCGUAAAUGGAUACUCGAUGCGGAUGGCAACUACAACUACGCUGGCUUGAAUACUAUUCAGCGGGAGAGAGUGCCAGCCAAUGAUAUUGCAGUCCAUACUUUAACAUAUGCUCAUGAACUGGAGAAAAUUGUUUGAAAUGAGGAAAGUGUUGGCUUAGAAAUUAAUGUC